AUAGGGCCUCGCACCGCGUGCUCGGGCCCUAAUUACAUAAGAACUAGACAGCAUGAACAUGUUUGAACUACAAAACUAUUGCUCAACAUCCCCCGAUCCUCCAUCUGCUAUCUGCUGCUUCUGUCUGCAGCCUGGCAGACUGUAGUAGUUACCCCACGGAUAUAAUCGUCAGUCCGAUGUGGGACUUCCUGGUCAGAUAGUACUUUCACAAGAAUCUUAAAACGCUAACACGCUGAUCUAGUGAUCAGGUUAGACGUUAUUUCGACUGUGCUGUUUCGUAGAGAAGAGAUUCAGUAACGUUUGUCUCCAGUUAGGUCGUAGCCAGUGUUAGCGUGUCUAACUUUAGCUAUGUCCGCCUCGGGUGGAUGCUCCCCAGCAGGCCAGAGCUCGGGCCUCGGCCCUGGAAUGUCUAUGUUUCGCUGGCUAGAAGUGCUAGAGAAAGAGUUUGACAAGGCCUUCGUGGACGUGGAUCUGCUGCUCGGAGAAAUAGACCCAGAUCAAGUGGAUAUUACGUACGAGGGUCGGCAGAAAAUGACCAGCCUGAGCUCCUGUUUUGCUCAGCUUUGUCACAAAACCCAGACGGUGUUCCAACUCAACCAUAAGCUCGAGGCUCAGCUGGUUGAUCUGCGUUCUGAGGUGACUGAGGCGAAGGCUGAGCGGGCAGUGGUAGAAAGGGAGGUCCAUGACCAGCUCCUGCAGCUUCAUGCUCUUCAGCUGCAACUUCAUGCCAAGCAAGGCCAGGCUGAGGACUCUGACUCCAUCAAAGACAGACUGCCUGCACCAACAUUGGAAGAGAUGGAGCAGGAGCUUGAGGCCAGCAAGAAGGAGAAGUUAGCAGUGGCAAGGCUGGAGGCAGAAGUGAGACUAUAUAAAAAAGAUAAUGAGGCCCUUCGUAGGCACAUGGCAGUGCUGCAGGCGGAAGUGUAUGGAGCCAGACUGGCUGCCAAAUACUUGGACAAGGAACUGGCUGGCAGGGUGCAGCAGAUCCAGUUACUGGGCCGUGACAUGAAAGGGCCUGCACAUGACAAGCUGUGGAACCAACUGGAGGCAGAGAUUCACCUUCACCGCCAUAAAACUGUCAUUCGAGCAUGUAGAGGCCGGAAUGAUUCUAAGAAACCUCUCCCUUCUCCUGUGGGGCAUGACCCAGACAUGUUGAAGAAAACCCAGGGAGUAGGCCCUAUCAGAAAGGUGGUGCUAGUCAAAGAUGAUCAUGAGGGGCUAGGAAUCUCUAUUACAGGAGGGAAGGAGCACGGUGUUCCCAUUCUGAUUUCAGAGAUCCAUCCAAGUCAGCCUGCAGACAGAUGUGGAGGUCUGCAUGUCGGAGACGCCAUACUUGCCGUCAACAGUAUCAAUUUGCGAGAUGCCAAACACAAGGAGGCUGUCACCAUUUUGUCUCAGCAGAGAGGACAGAUAGAGUUUGAGGUGGUGUAUGUGGCUCCAGAGGUGGACAGUGAUGAUGAGAAUGUGGAGUAUGAAGAUGACAGUGGCCAUCACUACCGACUUUACCUAGAUGAACUGGAUGACAGCAGCACAGCACCACCCAACAACAGCUCAGCGUCACUGCAGGCUCUGGAGAAGAUGUCAUUGAGCAAUGGACCAGAGAAUGGAGGAGAUACUGGGAUCUCCAAUGAGACACCUUCAAAAGAAACCCUUUCAAAGCCUCCUGAUAGUGGCUGCUCCUCCUAGAGGCUCAUACCAUUGGUAUUUGUAGACAUAACAAAGAUAUAAGAGGAUUGGUGGAAAGUCCCUCUUAAAGAACCGAAUCAAAGAAAGCUAUGACAAGCCUGGGGACAAGGGAAAAUGAACACAGUCUGUUUUCCCUUACUCCUUUUGGUGUUCUGGGGUGGUGGGAUUCGGGGGUUUAGCUUGGGCAUGUGGCAAUGAUUUGGGACAAAAGUACAUGUUUAAAGGAGCCAGAGGCAUACAAUAUGUGACUGAAUGAUACUAAACAAUGUCCUACUUUAAAAAAUGUAUUACUUUUUUUUUUUUUUUCUUAUAAAGAUACUAAUGACUAGACAGCUGUAUGUGACCAGCAAAAGGAAAUGGAUGUCUCUAAGCUGUCAUGGAGGCACAGUGACGUCAGGGAAGAAGAGGUGACUCAUUGGUGUAAAAGAUCUUUCAGGCUUGUAGAAAGAGUGUGUUGCUACUGUAGAGUUAUACUUGUCUGGUCUUGAUAGCACUGUGACAAGACUAUAUUGUCCUUUUAGAAACCCCAUUUAGAGGCUAGGAAAAAUUGUCAAAAAGGAAAUGAAUGAAAAAAGAUAUUUUGAUGAUUGAUUCAUUAAAUGAGGAUAAAUUGGAUAUAAACCUUUUCAGAUGUAAAUGGUGAGCGAGCAAGAGCUAGGUCAUUUAUACUCUUUCACUUGAAAUGUUCAAUAAUAGUAUCAAAUUGAAAAAUGCUGUAAAAUCUUGCUAGUUGUUGCCAGUACACUUUAAAACUUUUAUGACACAUUUAAAACCUAAGCAGUGCAGAUAGUUAUAUAGUUGGUGAAAUGAUGUAUGCAGGGUCUAAAUAUUGUAACAAUGAUAUGAAAGGACAUCUUAAAAGCGCAACAUUUCUUUAGAAGUCCAUGCUGAACAAGUAUAGCUACUUCUGGCUCUAAAGUUUUAAAUGCUGAAUCUUUCUCUGUAGUACAUUUUGACACUUUGACACAAUCUUACUACUAUUCAUUUUAUUCUUUAAUCCGACAUAGAAAUUUGUAAUAGAGGUCUUUCAGGUGAUGUCAUUUACACUCUGGUAACUGCUCUGGCUUACAGUUCCUGUAAAACAGAUAAAUGUACCUAUAUCCUACUCCAAGGUUUUCAGUGACUGUACCUCUCAUACUAGUGUAUGAUCCUAAACCCUGUCCUGGUAUCAUAUUCUGUUCAUAAGAUUGCUGUAAAGAAGAUGUUCCAUUGUCCUGCCAUAGAUUUCUAACCCUCCAUCACUAAUGUAUUAUGGCAUGUCACUGUAUGUUGAAUAUACAGGCGAGGGUUCAAUAACGUUUGUACGAUAUAAUGUAAUGGAAUACAAUCAUUCAUAAUAAUAGGUUUACGGUAUUUAAUUUUUUUUGUGUCACAUUACAUUGUAUUGUAUCACAUAUUGUCAGGAACACGUCAGUGUAAUGCAGUAAAAUACUACAAACUUCUUUAAACUGGGUAGAGAGUUGAAUCAGCUUCUCUUUGACACAGGCCUCAUCAGUGUGCUGUUGGGUGCAUAGAUAUUUAGUUAAAUACAUUUUUGUGCCCAGCUCUUGUGUUUGUGUUCUGGCCCAAAGGAGAAAAGGUGCCAUGACUCCAUGACCUUGCAGCAUUCACCUGUCAGUUUCUUUACUUUUCUUUACUUUUUUACGUUAUUUUGUUUCCUUGUCACAAAGUAGGAUGAGCAUUUUUAUUAGUAAUGUAAUCAAGUUAAGUAAUUCAUUCAGACCUUAAAUAAAGUUGAAAUGAUUUUGUGUA